AUGCAAGAAAAUAUGAAAUGGUAUGUACAAGGGUUGAUGUUUGAUACCUCAGUGCCCCCCAAAGAACUGGGAGGCAAGGUCGUGGUCAGGAGAGGGCAGACGGCCAUCAGGGACACUCCACUCGACCGGGUUCACUCACUCGAUCGAGCUUGCUCUUGGCUCGAUCGAGUUGUGCCUCGAGUUGGUUUCCUCUUCUUCCUAAAUCCGUUCCUGCAAGACUUAGCUGAGAAAAAUGCAGAGAUAAAAGAUAAAAGGAUAUUACAAGAUAGACAUGGGAAUUCCUCCCAAGUGAGCUUGUUUUAG